CCCCCCCGCCCCGUCCUCUUUUCUCUCUUUCUCUUCUUCCUUCCUGCCCGCUACCCCUUCCCCAUCUUAAGUAAAGUCCCACGUGGAACUGUUUGGCCUGGUUUAUCUCAUUGUGGCUCAAGUCUCCACCGCAUCCCUGCGGCCCGUGCAGCCCGCAUGUGCGGCGGGCAGACAGGUGACCUGUGUCGCAGAGUAAUGCCCUCCUCUGGGCUCUGUGAGAACUAUAUAUAUCUAUAAAUAAAGCAAACAAUUCACAAAUUUCAGUGUUUUAGAUUAUCUAACCAUGAUGUUGUAUACUCAGAAAACAAUGAACACUUAUGUGACUGUUUCUCAGUGUUAAUAAAGACAUAAUUCUAUAUUUUCCGUUGUUCUGCUAUAGUUUAUUUUAUGUAACAGAUGAAGUGUUUCACAGACAUUAUACUCUUUCCAUAACACUUUAAAAAUAAAUACCAUCUUUUCUAGCAAGCAUUGCAUACUUCCCUCUUGGCUUCCGUUUACUCUCUGAAAUUGAGUUUCCCCUGCUUCUGAACAGGAUGCUAUUUAGGGCUCCAAGACAAAAGUCAGAUGGCUUCUAUUUCUUGCAUGACUGAUUGAAGUUUUCUUCACAGUUGUCUUCGAAUUCCUAGAAUUUUAGGACUCCAAUAUGAAGUGUAAGAAGCAAUAAAAGCUUAGCUGUGAUAUGCCUAUAAGUUGCAGACUGCCUCAGUAUCUAACAUUAAAAGUUACCACAAACCCUUCCUCUACCUUACUACAGACAAGAUCAUGUUAGUAAAUUAAGUAUUAUUAUAAGGGAAUUCUGCUUGUGAUUGCUGAUAAUCUUGUGAUUGGUUUUUGAAACAAAAAAGACCAUUAUUUUAAUAUGUCAUGAUUUGUGAUAUCAUAGUUUUAAGCCUGCUUAUAUCCUGAGAGGGCUUCAUAGGUAAUUACAUCACCACUUUGAAAAUAUAUUGAGUUAAAAUAUUUUCAAGAUUUCAGUAUGUUUUUCUAUAUUUUAUCCAAUCAAAGACGGCCUACUCUUCUAGAGAAAUGUCUGCUGCUCCCACACAGACUUGCCACCCAGUGAAUAGUAUUAAACUUUUCAAUAGCUACAAACAAGGUUUAUUCAAAAGAGUAAAACAAAUUCAGGAGAGAGUAUACAGAGAUACAAAAGUGCUUAUCAGGCCUAAAAUGCUACAGAUAACCUGAACCUCCAAGUAGCAUCUUUAGGAAAAAUAGGUUCUUUGAGUAUGUUGCACUUCCUGUUUGUACCUGUGCAGGGUGAUAACUAUGAAGAAGCUUUUUGUAGUUGUAGACACUAUUAAUUUAUUAGUACUAUAUAUGACUGGGCCAGUGCCCUAAUAACAGAGAUAUGAGUCCUAUUUAAUCAGCUUAGCACAAUUACUGGCCAAUUAUCCCUACUCUAUUUUUCUUUAUGAAAACUGCCGAAAUCCCAGCUGCUCUCCCCAAGUUGUUUAAGUCUAUCCCAGGUUAUUUUUAGUCCAGUAGUCUUUCCGCAGGGUGCACUUCCGGUUCAUUUCAUCUAGCGGAGACCUCCUGUUCUUAUCUUCUCUACUAUCUUUUCUCACUCCAGAGUACUCCCUACCUGUGCCCUACCAGCUCAAUAAAUGCUUGCCUCUAUUCGACCUAAGAAUUGGCUCUAGCCCAUUUUAUUUAACCAAUAGCUUUAUACUGGUGAGCAAGGUUUACACAACAGUGGCAUGUGUACAUGAGAAUUCAUUCAUCUGGGGACAUCCAGAUCAUAGGGUUUACAAUUUAGUAUUUGUAUACACGAUACCAAACCAACUCCCAAUAAAUGCUGGAACAGAACCUAACCCCCUCUCCCACACAGAAAGUCCUGGGCUACUACCAAUGCUAUGUAUAUUAAAUGCCUGACAUAUGCUGGGGGGUUGGUGUAUGAUACCCAUAAUCUUCUUUGUUAAUAUUACUACCAUCUUCUAAGUUUCUACUUAUAGACAGGGGAACCGUGAUAUUGACCUUCAUGUUCAAGUCCUAACAGAGGAGCCUGGAACCCCCUACAUCCUUGACAGAUUUUCCCUUAAACUCUGCCAACAGGAAGGCAUGGUGAUGAUGCUGGCCUGAAGAGGCGGUUGCAGUCACUGAGCAUACCACUUGCCAAUUUCUGAAGAUAGAAAUUUAAUUUAAUCCAAAAUUUCUAGGAAAAUCCCUUAACUCCAAAUAUAACAUCAGGCAUUUCUUUGGAGGGAUUGUCUAAGAUUCUGACUAUGUUCCUGUGGGUGAGAACCCCAACUAUGUACUUAAGCACUUAUUUUUUUUAAAUAAAGGAAGAGGGAAUACUAAUGAAGAAGAAAAUAUUCUAUAAUAUUCCCAUGGGUAUCCCAAUUAGAAGAGAAAUAAGUUUGCCUCUUUAGGGAAGUAAAGAUAUUCAUAGCUCACUGCCAUACCAUCACAUGUCAGACCUCGGGAUUUCCUGCUUGCUCUCUUUCUGAGAUCUUUCUGCUUUCCUCUCAGGAUUAAGAAUUACCAGAUCAACUUCAACAGUAACUUCUUAAUAAAGAAGAAUAUUAAAUUGGCCCUUAUUUUCUAUCAUUAAUGUCUGUGGCAAACACUUCUCAGCAAAGUAUUUUGUUUUUCAAGGCUCUGUGUCUAUUGCUACUGCAGAUGAAAUCAUAAUUGCAAGUCUGAGGGGAGAGGAGAUCAUAGACUCACAGACCCUUAUUUCAGGUACCAUUUAAAGUAUUAGACUUACUCCCCGAGACUAGAGCACUGAGAAUACAAUCCUGGAAGACAUAGGGAUGCAAUUUUCUAACACCUGUCUGGUAAUCAGAGUUUAUGAAGAAAAUGCACUAUCAACAUUCUGGUAAGUCAUCACCUGAGUAAAAUUGGAUGUGAUACUGAAGCUGUUUCGUAUAAGAGAAAGCAGAAUCUCUCCCGAGCAAAGGUUGCACAGCAGCAAGUGACAUUAGAUUCUUGACAUACCACUAGCCUAAUUCUCAUGACUGAAUGUAAUCUUCACUCAUAGAGACCAUUGCCACUUAAUCCAAGUAGCCAUGAAAUCUAGUUUCAAAGUGAUCUAGGCUUUUUAUUAAUCAAUAUUGUUGACCACCUGGGACAAGAAUCCUAAACAAGAUUUUCAGAGUUAUUAACACUGUAUUAUGAUAAGGUUUGUUUUCAAGUUUGUAGUGAAUAUGAAGGAAGUAUCUAGGUUUGUAGAAAAGUGUCCCUCAUCUACAUUUCUGGAAACUGACACUUUCAUGCACACUGAGAUACUUCCUGCAUAUUCAUUACAAACUGAAAUCAAGCCUUGAUGGAAUAUUGGUAUAAUGUUAAUAAUCCUAAAAAAUCUAGUUUAGUUUUCUUCUGGUCAAGGGGCAACAAGAAUGAUUAAUAAUAAGCCUGGAUAAUUUUGAAAACCAUAAAUAAUGAGGCAGGGAAGUGAAAUGCUAGUAGUUAUCACACUGAUAACAUUCCCAUCUCUGACCAAGAGCCUAUCUCCAUCUGUAACCUGGUGAGGACAUUUAGGAAGUGCUAACCUAAAGAUAAACAGUUGUAACAUUGAUUUUCAUAGGAGCCACAAAAUGUUUUCACUGAUUUAAGAUGUUCUUUGUUGAUAGAGAAGAGUUUAUGAAUAUAUGAAGUCUCAGGAAGACUCUCCUCUGUGUUCUGUGUGUGCUUAUUUAAUACUGGUGUUAAGUGUAAGGGCUAAUAAGUGAGUUCACAUCUAAUGAAGUGAGAUCUGAGAAACUAUAUCAUAUUGUGCAUGCGUGGCUCACAAACAUUCAAGUGUGUGUAUAUUAACUGUUUUAAAAAUCAGACUGAAAAUUUACUUCAAUGCUAGUAGCACUACUAAGCCCAGCUAAUGACUGGUACUUAAGUUCAUCUCAUGAAGUAAGCAAUGUAUUCAUUCCUUUCUAUACAUCUUUACAAUUAUGUGAUUUCUUUGUUUUAUAAGGUGAUGUUUUGGCAACUGAUCAACCAACAAGUUUUGGGAUUGUUUGAUAUACCUGUUUUCUUUAUAUGAAAUAAGUGAGUUCUAGGUCAACACAUUUGACUUAUGCUGUACUUUAUUCAUUGCACAGAUAUAUAAUCUUGCAGGACCCUGAGUUAUUGUGUUCCUAUAGUUUAUGCACUUCUAUCAGCAGAUCUCAGUGUUCACUAAUGAUUCCUGUUGGUCUAUACCAUUAAUGUUCACAAACAAAUGGUUACUUGAAAUAGAAAAAAAUCAUAAAAGUCUAGCCAUGUGUGAUACAAUAAGAACAUAAGAAAACAGAGGCAAAUACUCCUCAGCCAUACUUGAAAAAUUCAAUAAAUAACUAGUACUCGUGGAGCUUUUAAAAUGGUUAUACACCCACAAUAUCACCGCCUAGCCAGCUACUUCCUCUCACUCUCCUGAGACAAGCAAAAUUUCUAAAUCUCAACUAUGCAUUAUGUAACUCAGAUUCCUUCAUCUUCAUUGAUAACAUAUUAAGUAAUAGUAUCUGCAUCAUAGUUUUAGAAGAGUCAACAAAUUCUAUGUUGUUCUUACAAAUCUGGGAUCUAUACAUUACAUUUUUUAAAAAAUCACAGUGAAUCACUUAUUAAUUCUACUGAGAAUAAGUUGCAUGUCAAAUGCUGGGUUUUAAGUAGCAAGGUGCAAGUAGCCCAUGCUUACCCCCCAUGCAGAAUCCUCAGGUUCAGGCAGAAGUGUCUCAUCAAAUCAUGUCUGCUGAUGUGGCUAUAGGUAUUAUUUUGGUAUCACAGACUGUUACUGGAAUUUUGGGCAAUUUUUCUCUCCUCUACAAUUAUAUCUUGCUUUACUUCAAAUCAUACAAAUUAAAGGAUAUGGACUGGAUUUUGAUGCACUUAAUCUUAUCCAACUUCUUAACUCUCCUAUGUAAAGGUGUUCCACAAGGAAUGGCAGCUUUUGGUUUUCAAUGUUUCUUCAAUGAUUUUGAGUGCAAGCUGCUCUCCUACUUUCAUAGGGUGGGGAGAGGUGUGUCAUUUGGCAGCACAUGUUUACUGAGUGUCUUCCAGGUCAUCACCAUCAGCCCAGAGGAUACUAUUUGGACAACCUUUAAAAAAAAAGCCCCCAAGUACAUCAGCUCUUCCCUAUACUUGACCUGGAUUCUAUCUCUCCUUUUUAGCAUUGUUUCCCUUCAGUAUAUGUCCACAAAACUGUGCAAUGUUAACAAUACAAGUCUUAAAGACUUAGGUUACUGUUCUUCUUUCCGUUUUGACAAAACUGCUGAAGUGCUGCAUGCAGUAUAUGUGAUUAUCCCUGGUGCUGUGUGCCUGCUUUUCAUGCUAUGCUCCAGUGGUUCCAUGGUUCUCAUUCUGCACAGGCACAAGCAGAGGAUGGAACAUAUGAUUAGGAGCAAUAUUAUCCCUAGAUCCAGCCCUGAGUCCAGAGCAACCCAAACCAUUCUUCUCCUAGUGAGUACCUUUGUCUGUUUUUAUACACUAUCCACACUUUUUACCAUUUGUUUAAACAUUUUGGCUAAUCUUCCCUGGCAUCUAGUGAGUGUCCAUGCUAUAUUCUCCAUGUGUUUUGCUUCUGUAAGCCCCUACUUGCUCAUGAGACAUGGUUCCAGCACAUCUGUCCACUGCUUUGCUUGGAUGAACUAUCGAAAAUUCUAAAGGUCAUUUAGUGUAUUUCAAGCCCUUAUGGAAUUCUCAUGUUAUUUAUCAUGCUCAGAGAACUGCAUUCAAUAGGAAUAUAUUUUGUAUAACAAUAUUUAGUGCUAAAGGUAUGUGCAUAUUUUUGCUUGCUUGCUUUCAUAAUGGAACAAGUCAGCACAUAUUUACUGAGAUUGUAUUCACUAGCCUUCAAGCAAUACUACUGGAAGACAACAUAAAACAUAUCAAUCACAAGGGAUAGAAAGAUUCAAAUAAUUGUGAUCUUCAGGAAUUGAAGUAAUGAUAACUACAACAAUAACAAAUUGCUUUCAAACAAAAAUCCAUUUUAUACUAGCUUUUCUUUCCGGGCAUGAGUGAAAAUGAAAAUAAAGUGUAAUUCUUUCAUUAUUCUCCCUGUGUUUCAUAUUAGUGGUGUUACUUUAAAUACACUUGGAACUAAUACACACAAUAUUUCAGUUGAGUCCAUGCAACAUGACUUUGUCUUUCUGGAAAUGGGGUGCAUAUAUAGUGGGUGCCGAUCACCACGUGGUGUCUGCUUUAUGUCAUACAUGCAACUUUUUACUAUGUGUGGAUUUUCACUAUUUUUAAUUGCUUACAUAGCCAUGCACAUAAUCAGAAUUUAAAAUAAAUGCAUUCUGUUGUUGAAAAGAGUCAAAAUCUAAAAUAACUGAAUGAGUAUCAAAAAUGUCAAAUUAGGACAUGACAAGCUUGGAUUCCUUCCCUAGAUUCAAUUUUCAGUUACUAGUGUGUAUCUCUGAAGCACUCGGGAAAGUCAGGCUUCUUGUUGUUAAUAACAUUUCCCAGUAAAAGUACCCUCUGCAUGGAGCUUCAACCUUGGAAAUGAGUAUUCCACUGCCCGUCAUGCUUUUCCUUGGUUAGAAUCAAGAUCUCACAGGAGAAGUUGUUGCCUAUACUGUGGCUGCAAAAGACUGGGCCUGACAACAGCCAAUCAAGCAUCAGAAAGGAACUUCUGGGAUUUUUACCUCUCAAUAGCAAGCGUUGUCUAUGGAUUAAUUGUGGCCAUUUGCAACCCAUUGUCUUCAUAGCAGAACCGUUAAUAUAGCAGUUUCCUGUAAGUUGAAACAUUCCCUCAAGUGGAAGUAUGGGGGAGGUGAGGUCAUUGGAAUCAGAAAGAAGACAAAUUUUCCUUGUUUGCAAAAGAAGAAACUCACAAGGAUCGCACAUUCCUCUCUUCAGUGCUAUUAAACAGUCAGUCAACUGUUGUGUGGGGUGGCUCCAGCUUCUGCUUCUCUCUGCCUAGAGGAGUUUGGUAGAUGGUGGGAAUGCUUAACAGCCAUAAAUAAGCUUUAGGAUUGCCUUUUAAAUCUCUGUGUUUCUGUUAGUGAUGUACUUGCUUUUCUUUCUGUUUCUGUUGUGAUGGUUAACAUUUUACUUAAAGUUUAAACUUACUUUAUGAGAAACCACAAGGCAAAGAUGCUUCCAUCAGGAAAGCUCGUAAACUGUACAAAGUAUAACCUGGCAGCCUAUUCCUGUUUAUUUCCUCAGACACUGAAGACUAUUUGAAAAAAAACUGCUAUGCUUUUGAUUAAUAUUUUAUUUAUUUAUAUCCCAAAUGCUGUCCCCUCUCACAAAGUUUGUCUUCUCAUCCCCCACCCCCUGCUGUUUGCCUCUGAGAGGGUACCCCACCCUGGU